GCCUCGAGAAAUUUACAAGCUUCUUCCAUUCCACCCUCCCUCCCUUACCCCUCCACCUCGGUCUCAAUCCAUCCCGAUACGGACGAUUGAGCCACAUACACAAAAUAUGGAUCCCCUCCAACCCAGCGACUCGGCCGCAAACCGCGGCCCGAGAGCCAACACUCGCAAGCGCUCGCGAGAGCCAGAUGACAUGUCUUCGCCCGGGCAAUUGCCUCCAUCUAGUCCUGCCGCAUUGGGGUCAUCACCCCCUCCUAUGCCUCCUUUCGACGAAGGCGAAGAUGAUGACGAAGACGAAGCUGAGAUGAUUCCUGACAUUGAUGAUGUGGAUGAGUUGGCUGAGGAUGAGGAUGGAAUUGAUCUGUUUGGCGACAACUUCGAGCGGGAUUACCGCGCUGCUGAAGAUGAUCGAUACGUAAACGAGGCGUACAUUGACGAUGACGAAGAUCAUGAUGAACUCGAUGCCUCGACCCGCCGGCAAUUGGAUGCUCGACUUAACAAGAGAGACCGGGAACUCGCCCGUCGGCGCCGCAUGCCUGCUGCUUUCUUGCAGGACGAUGAUGAUAUGGACCUUGACCUAUCACGCCAGCCGCGCCGUCGUCGCCACCAUUACGACGAAGAACGAGAGGAUAUUGACAUGGGCGACGAGGGCAUGGAAGAAUUGUCCUUGGAAGAAUUGGCCGACGUCAAGGCCGCCAACAUCACAGACUGGGUCACCCAGCCCCAAGUGCUCCGCUCUAUCUAUCGCGAGUUCAAGGCCUUCCUGACAGAGUUUAUCGACCCUUCUGGACAGUCCGUCUACGGUAACCGAAUUAAGACUCUUGGUGAGGUCAACUCCGCCUCGCUCGAGGUAUCCUAUGCCCACUUGAGUGAGACCAAGGCUGCUCUAUCUUACUUCCUCGCCAACGAGCCUACCGAAAUCCUAAAGGUCUUCGAUCAAGUCGCUCUCGAUGUCACUCUCUUCCACUACCCCCAAUAUCACGACAUUCAUAACGAGAUUCACGUGCGCAUCACUGAUGUCCCCAUCAUCUACACUCUGCGCCAGCUACGCCAGUCGCACCUGAACUGCCUGGUUCGUGUCGGUGGUGUGGUUACCCGCCGUACUGGUGUUUUCCCGCAGUUGAAGUAUGUCAUGUUCCUGUGCCAGAAGUGUGGUAUCACUCUUGGACCCUUCCAGCAAGAGGCCAGCGCCGAGGUGAAGAUCUCGUACUGCCAAAACUGCCAGUCCCGCGGUCCUUUCACCGUCAAUUCCGAGAAGACCGUCUAUCGCAACUACCAGAAGCUGACUCUGCAGGAGUCUCCUGGUUCCGUGCCUGCUGGUCGUCUGCCCCGCCAGCGUGAGGUUGUCCUGUUGGCUGAUCUGAUUGAUUCUGCCAAGCCUGGUGACGAGAUUGAGAUCACUGGUAUUUAUCGCAACAGCUACGAUGCCCAGCUGAACAACAAGAACGGAUUCCCCGUUUUCGCGACUGUCAUCGAGGCCAAUCACGUGGUCAAGGCCCAUGAUCAACUUGCUGGCUUUAACCUGACCGAAGAAGACGAGCGUGAGAUUCGUGCUUUGUCUCGCGAUCCUGAGAUUGUGGACAAGAUCGUUCGCUCCAUCGCUCCCAGUAUCUACGGUCACCAGGAUGUCAAGACUGCCGUUGCACUUUCGCUAUUUGGUGGUGUCAGCAAGCAGGCCCAGGGUAAGAUGUCUAUCCGUGGUGACAUCAACGUCCUGCUGCUUGGUGACCCCGGUACUGCCAAGUCCCAAGUGCUCAAGUACGUCGAGAAGUCUGCUCACCGUGCCGUCUUUGCCACUGGUCAAGGUGCCAGUGCUGUCGGUUUGACCGCUAGUGUCCGUCGGGACCCUCUGACGAGUGAAUGGACUCUCGAAGGUGGUGCUUUGGUGUUGGCCGACCGUGGUACUUGCUUGAUCGAUGAGUUCGACAAGAUGAACGACCAGGAUCGAACUUCCAUUCACGAAGCUAUGGAGCAACAGACGAUCUCUAUCUCCAAGGCUGGUAUCGUCACCACUCUACAGGCACGCUGUGCAGUCGUUGCUGCCGCCAACCCUAUCGGUGGUCGCUACAACAGCACCAAGUCCUUCUCUGAGAACGUGGAACUGACUGACCCUAUCUUGUCUCGUUUUGAUAUUCUUUGCGUGGUUCGCGAUCUGGUCGAGCCGGCCGAGGAUGAGCGCCUGGCAAACUUUGUGGUCGAGUCGCACCACCGUGCCAACCCAGCUAAGCCUCUCCGGAAUGACCAGGGUGAUCUAGUUGACGCGGACGGCCAUCUCAUUGACAUUGAUGGUUACCGCAUCGAUCGAGACGGCCGUCGUCUUCCUCCGUCUCAGGAGGAGCUCGCCCGUCGCGCUGCCGAGCAAAAGAGGGCCGAAGACGAGAAGGAGGGCGAGAUCCCGCAGGAGCUUCUCCGCAAGUACAUUCUAUACGCUCGCGAGCGAUGCCAUCCCAAGUUGUACCAGAUCGAUCAGGACAAGAUUGCUCGUCUGUUCGCAGACAUGCGCCGCGAGUCAUUGGCCACUGGUGCCUACCCAAUUACCGUCCGUCAUCUGGAAGCCAUUAUGCGCAUUGCCGAAUCUUUCUGUAAGAUGCGCUUGUCAGAGUACUGUUCCGCUCAGGACAUUGACCGUGCCAUCGCCGUCACGGUCGAGUCCUUCAUCAACAGCCAAAAGGUCAGCUGCAAGAAGGCGCUGUCGCGCGCAUUUGCCAAGUACACGCUCUCCCGGCCGAAGCCGCAGUCCAAGCGCCGUGCGGGCAUCCCAGUGCUGAACCCGCAUCUACCUCGCUCUACGCCAACGAUGCACUAAAUCUCGUACGGGGCUGGCUGGGGGUUCUCUGGGUUGUCUUUACCGUAAAAUACCAUCUUUGUUUGCAUCUGGUGUGUUAUGGCGUUUUCAUCAUCUAUAUCUUUCUAUCUGUUAAGGGGGCCUUGCUGGCCGGGCCAUGAUUUAAUGAAUGAACAUGAAAAUAUUAUUCAACG